AUGAGUCGGAGUCCGUACACUAGCAGCAUCGAGAGUUUGACGUACAUCAUCCCAGACACCUCCAUCGCGCUGCAUUUCUCGGACGUCAUCGAGAAAGUGGUUAUGGAGUUCCGGACCCAACGCUCAUCCGACAAUUUUCUCACAUCGCUCUGCAGUGGCUGGCUGCUGAAGGGCCUACGUGUCGCAGUUUCAUCUGAACAGGCAGCCGCGCUUCAUGUCCUUUGA